CCACUAAUCUACGGCCGCUUAACAAUUCACCACAAACUGUAUCGGGUAAUCAGCCACGUUUUCUAUCGCGAGGACAUACAUAUCGGGCUGUUGUGGGUGAUACAUUGGUUCUCCCAUGCCAAGUGGAAAAUUUAGGAAACUUUGUGUUAUUGUGGCGUCGUGGCAUUAAUGUCCUAACAGCCUCCAACAUAAUGGUGACACGGGAUGAACGUAUAAGACUGAUAGAUGGUUAUAACUUAGAAAUAUCCGAUUUGGAGCCACAAGAUGCCGGUGAUUAUGUGUGUCAAAUUAGUGACAAAGUAAAUCGUGAUCAAGUGCAUACUGUGGAAAUAUUGGUACCACCUAGUGUUCGUGCCACACCCACCUCGGGUAAUUUACAAGCUCGCAAAGGUGGCCCCGUCACAAUGGAAUGUAAAGGAUCUGGCAAUCCAGUACCAUCUAUAUAUUGGACGAAAAAGGUAGGUGGCAGAGAUUUGUAA